CAGCAGCAGCACAGAGCACCACACAUCCUCCAAGGGCCCAUGAAUCAGUCAGAAACCGCAGAGGAGCUUAAGCUCACACAUUCAGAUGGAGCUGUGCCAGCGGGUGGUCCAGAAGUACAAGAGAUGCCAUCUGACAAUCCCAAGACGUCCGAUGGGCAUCAGAAUCAUUCAGCAUCUUUUGAUAUGAUCUACAGGAUCGAGGACGUCCCGCCUUGGUAUCUGUGUAUCCUGCUGGGACUGCAGCACUACCUGACAUGCUUCAGUGGGACCAUUGCAGUUCCGUUCCUGCUGGCCGAGUCUAUGUGUGUCGGGCAGGACCAGUACACCGUCAGCCAGCUAGUGGGCACCAUAUUCACCUGUGUGGGAAUCACUACACUCAUACAGACUACAUUUGGUGUCAGGUUGCCUUUGUUCCAGGCGAGUGCGUUUGCCUUUCUUAUCCCUGCUCAGGCAAUUCUGAGACUGGACAGAUGGAAAUGUCCUCCUGAAGAGGAGAUUUAUGGAGACUGGAGUCUUCCUCUUAACACUUCUCACAUUUGGCACCCACGAAUACGAGAGAUUCAGGGUGCUAUCAUUGUGUCCAGCAUGAUUGAGGUGGUGAUCGGGUUUGCUGGCAUCCCUGGGUUCCUGCUGAACUCAAUCGGGCCAUUGACCGUCACCCCUACAGUGUCCCUCAUUGGCCUGUCGGUCUUCCAGACGGCAGGAGACCGAGCAGGGAGUCACUGGGGUCUGUCUCUGCUGUGCAUCUUUCUUAUUGUUUUGUUUGCCCAGUAUUUACGGAACUGGGCUUGCCCUCUCCCAAGCUUUUCUAAAGAAAAAGGCUGUCAUAUAACCCACGUCCAAAUUUUCAAGAUGUUUCCGAUCAUCAUGGCUAUUAUGGUGGUUUGGCUGGUUUGCUACAUCCUCACCCUGACCAAUGUCCUGCCGGAUGACCCAGAUCUGUACGGCUACAAGGCUCGCACUGACGCCCGAGGCGAUAUUAUGACCCAAGCACCUUGGUUUCGUUUCCCCUAUCCAUGUCAGUGGGGUUUGCCCACAGUAACGGUGGCGGGGGUGCUGGGCAUGUUUAGUGCCACACUGGCAGGUAUUGUUGAGUCUAUUGGAGAUUACUAUGCCUGUGCUCGACUGUCUGGAGCUCCACCUCCUCCCGUGCAUGCCAUCAAUAGAGGGAUCUUUACAGAGGGAGUGUGCUGCAUCAUAGCAGGACUGCUAGGAACAGGAAACGGUUCGACCUCUUCCAGUCCUAAUAUAGGGGUGCUUGGCAUCACAAAGGUUGGAAGCAGGAGGGUGAUUCAGUAUGGAGCUGGCAUUAUGCUUAUUUUGGGAACUAUUGGGAAGUUUACUGCUCUGUUCGCCUCCUUACCUGACCCCAUUCUUGGAGGGAUGUUCUGCACAUUGUUUGGUAUGAUCACAGCUGUCGGCCUCUCAAACCUACAGAGUGUCGAUCUGAACUCCUCCAGAAAUCUUUUCGUUCUGGGUUUCUCCAUGUUUUCUGGCCUCAUGCUACCGAAUUACCUGGAUGCUCAUCCAGGGAGCAUCAAAACAGGUGUGGCUGAGCUUGACCAAAUCAUCACAGUGCUCCUGACAACAGAGAUGUUUGUUGGGGGAUUCUUAGCAUUUGUACUUGACAACACAAUCCCAGGCACCAGAAAAGAGCGAGGCCUGGUUGAAUGGGUGGAUGAGGGUUCUUCAGGAGCAGGAACAGUAAAAUCAGACACAUAUAACUUUCCGAUUGGGAUGGGACUGGUCCGGAAGACAGGCUGUCUGCGCUACCUGCCUAUCUGUCCCACUUUCCGGGGCUUUAAGUCAUCAUGCCGCAAGAACAAGGAAGAGGAGGAUGAGGAGGACAUAAAAAUAAAGGAAGGUGUAACUGAUGCUCCCAUUGAAAUGGUCUGCACCAAAAUUUAGGCGUAUUUUUAUAGUUUGACAAGGUUUAGAAUAGUGUACAUUGUUUGGUUGGAAUGUUUUCUCAGCUGAUGUACAAAAUCCAUUCAGUUUUGCUUUAAAGAAUGGGUGGAAUUUAUUUAUAGUAAAACUGAAAUGACAGUUUGAGUACAAUGAGUCUCUAUAAUCAAAUGUAGUUUGAUUUGAUUAUAAAGCAUUAGGUAGUUUAUUGAAAUGACUUGAAAAGGAAAUGAAGGUCAGGCUUUGUUCAUUUAUUAUAUCUUGAUUGUGUACAAAACAUGGCAGUGAUUAACACUAAACAAAACGUGUUCAGCUUUGAAAAAAGUUACAAAAUGACAUUUUUUAAAUAUGCAAAUCAUAAUGUAUAUACAUAAUGUUGUAACUAAUAAUGUUUAAACAUACUAAGAGUGAACUGUGCGUUCCAGAAAAGCCACAGAACAAACAAUCAUGUGGACAUUCAGUUUUGAUAAAUACAUGCUUAAGUUAUUUUGUAUUAAAAUACAACUUUAUUGUC